UGAUUAGCAUCAACUUGCACGCAAGUAUUAUCCAGCCAAGGCUUACCAGAAACUUGUCAUUAAGUUAGCCGAAAGUGUUUCACUGCAGAACUUUCUGAGCAAUUAUAUUUAAAGUGUGGCUAUCAGGGAAGAUUUUUCUUUAAGUUAGCUUCAAAAUACUGCAAUAGCUUGAAGUUAACUUACUGUUAAGGUGGCUAUCAGGGUAGGGAUAGUAAACAUGUGCACAAGUUGUUGGAAGUGGACGUGAGAUAGCCACUUUCUUAACAAGUUGAAGGUGAGUUCACCUGGCUUCCACAAGUAGUGAAAUAAUUUGACAGCUGUUAUGUAAACAUAAAGUGAACUUUUAAGAGGUUAUCUGUGUAACUGAAAAAAAAAAAUUAAUGAUAUGAAUUUACUUGAAAUAUAAAAAUAUUUAAAGCUAUUUGUGUAAAUAAUGCGGAUGCUUGACAUAUCAAUGGUAAACGCAAAGUUUGAUGAAAAGCGGAUUUAUAAAAAAAGUGGAUAUUGAACAAAUGUGACUGUUAUCAUUUAGAAUCUUAGAGUAGUUCUAUCUAUUAGAGUAAAAAAAUAUACGAGUUAACAUAAAUAAUUGACGUUACAAUAUAAGUGAAUUAUUACAAUAAAAAUGUCUAAGAAAGCUAAAAGUAUUGUAGCUGAUGUAAAUAAUUCACAAGUCAUAUCAAAUACAGUAGCAAGAACAGCUAGCAAAAAAAGUGUGGAUAAAGCUCUAGAGCUAAUCCGGAGCAGAACAUUUAAAAAGUCAAUAAAGAGACAAGCUGAUGAAGAAGAUGAAACAGAUCAUGCAAUAAAUAACUGUUGCAUAAUGAGUUAUACUACUUCAUUAAUGCGAAUUAAUAUGUCUUCAGCCUUUACAAAUAAUUUUUCCCCAACUGAAUUGAGAAAUGCUUUUAGAAGUCAAGAUUGGAGGUCCAUACAGCAGUUAUUUGUAAUUUUAUUGAAAUGUUUCUAUAUUGAAACAUUAGCAUGGAAAUAUGCAUUUUUAAUUUUUUUAUCAAGUCCAGCUAGUGAUCAAUCAGAAUUUCAAGAAUUUAUUAAAAUGUGUAUUGGUAUCAAUUCGGCUAAUGAUGGGCAUUUAUUAGAGCAGUUAUUAUCACUACAAACUAAAGUUCUGACUGAUAAAUAAGUAAAUCAUUUACUAUUCAACUUUUAAAUUUAUUUCAUUUCCUUGUCUUUUGAAACGAAACUGAAUAUUUUUAUUUUAUGAAUGUUAAUGUGGUUUAUGACGAAUUUUGAAAUACUUUGAUCUGCACGUUUUUGGUAUCAGUGAAUUUAUUGAAAAAUUUAGUCAAUUAACUUAGAACUCGAUUCAAUAAAGUCAGACUUUAUAAAUGCAUAAAUGUAAUCAAAAUGAUUUUUAAAGUAACUAUAUUGAAAAUUUUGUAUUAUUUUUUUUUCUGUGAUCAAAAUAUUAAAAUAAUAUCUAAGUUUUUUUUUUAACCCAAUCACUUAUUCAGUUAAUUUAUUUUAAACAUUAAUUCUUUUAACGUAGGGUAAAUGUACCAAUAGAUGGAUACCUCAAACAGAUGGACGAAUAUUAUUUUAAUAACCGAUUAAAUAAAGUUUAGGAAUGAAAAUGCAACAUAAUAAAUUUUUUUUUUAACUAUAUAUAUUUCUGAUGCUUGAAAAUAAUUUUUUUUCAAUUUAAUAUAUGUUAUAAUCAUUAAAAAAAAUUAUUUUUAUUUGACGUAACGACGUUUUGCUUCAAAAGCGCAACCACUACUAAGCAUGCGAUAGACAACCGAUAAACAAUUCUUGUUAUAACUAAUAUAAAUAAAUAAAUUAGUGUGAAUGUAGGAAACAUCAGACAAUCAAAAAGUUCAACAAUCGAUAUCUCUGCGACACAACGAUUUAAGAAAUUAGUAGACCCGGGAAUACAUUCGUUUCUGAAUUAUCUCUACAUGCAUUUUAUUCUUUGUAUCUUACUUUCUUUUUUUAAGCUAUAAUUUUAAAAAUAAAACUUUAAUGAACA